UAGAAUUCACAUUCCCCCAAAUAUAACAACCUAGGUACCUAGGUGGACCGUUUUUCUAUUCACAACUGCAUCUAACUAUUGGCACCGUUCCUCCCAACCCAACCCUACACUCAACCUUUACCAAUCUCAACAACUUGCUCGGCCGCUUCAGGAUUAUGAAUCAUGAUUAGUGGUCGCGGAGGCUCCAUGAGAGGUAACCGCAUUCGGCCUCCACGAAGGCCCACGGUUCAAGCAGGUCCCGUUGACGAGUUUGAACAGUGCUGGGACAAGCUUCGUGAAGCCCUUCGCGAUAUUCAUACCCGAAAUGCCGGAAACCUCUCGUUCGAACAGCUUUACCGAUACUCGUAUAAAAUCGUCCUUAAGAAGGCCGGUCAGAAGCUUUACGAUCGAGUCAAGGAGUUUGAGGAGAAAUGGUUUGCCGACCAGGUGAUUCCCCCAAUAUGGGCACUCAUCACUACCAACCUUGUCAGCGUCACCUUGGAGGAAGUUCCUGGCACCAGCGUAGCAGAGCGGCGUUCCAUGGGCGAGAAGUUUCUGAGGGGAGUUCGCAGUUCGUGGGAGAGUCACAAUAUGUCUAUGAACAUGAUUGCCGACAUUCUCAUGUAUCUUGAGCGGGGCAGCACCCAAGACCCAACUCGGCCGUCAAUAUACGCCGCUACUAUUGGCCUGUUCCGCGAUCAUAUCCUGAGAUCGACUCUCAAAGGGAAUGGAUCCGAUUGCCUCGUGUUCGACAUUAUCAAUGCGACUAUAAUCGAUCAAAUUAAUAUGGAGCGGGAAGGGGAUGUCAUCGAUAAGGCGUUGCUACGAAGUUGCGUCUCUAUGUUGGAAGAUUUAUUCGAGACAGACGAAGAAAAUGACCAAGAGCAGCUCUAUCUGACCACAUUUGAGCCUGCUUAUCUCCAUACCAGUCGCGUAUUCUAUAAGGCCGAGUGUGAAAAGCUACUUCGCGAAGCCGACGCGAGCGCGUGGCUUCGGUACACGCAAAGACGACUUGCUGAAGAAGCCGGACGGUGUCAAACCACUGUCUCUCCGAUGUCCCUACAAAGAAUCACGGAAGUGCUGCAACAAGAAUUGAUCAGUAAUCACCUGGAAGACUUCUUCAAUCUCGAAGGCAGUGGUAUUCAUGCCAUGAUUGAUAACGAUAGAAUUGAAGAUCUCAGCAUCCUCUAUCAACUCGUUUCCCUCGUUAAUCCCAAGAAGACCCCCCUCCGCAAUGCCCUAGCCACUCGUGUCAUUAAACUCGGAGAGGAAAUAGAGCAGGCACUAAAAAAUACUGAUUUCAGCAUUGCGCAGCAAGCUGAUGCGGACGAGGCUGGUGAUGGGGCAGAUAAGUCGAAGGCAAAGUCGUUGAGUGCCGCAGCGCAACAGACAGCAGCUGCAAUUAAAUGGGUUGACGACGUGCUGGCACUCAAGGAUAAGUUUGACAGGCUUUGGACGACAUGUUUCGGAGAGGAUCUUUUGCUUCAGACAACACUCGCAAAGAGUUUUUCCGAGUUCAUUAAUUCAUUCGACCGAAGCUCUGAGUAUCUGUCACUCUUCAUUGACGACAAUCUCAAACGUGGUAUCAAGGGCAAAACGGAGGCCGAAGUGGACAUGGUGCUUGAUAAAGCGAUAACUCUCCUCCGGUACCUGGGCGACAAAGACAAGUUCGAGUCAUACUAUCAAAAGCAUCUCGGCCGUCGUUUACUAUUGGGUAAAUCUGAAAGCCAAGAGGCCGAGCAGGAAAUGAUCUCACGUAUGAAACGGGAGCUAGGAAACACCUUCACACAAAAGUUUGAAGGAAUGUUUAGAGACAUAAGUACCUCUAAGGAGACUACCGACCAGUACCGCGAUCACAUCCGUGGUCUGGGUGAGAUGGAUGAGAAGCGGAUCGAUCUCACCAUCAACAUUCUUGCUGGCAACAAUUGGCCUAGCGCAAUAAUGGGCAGAGAAGCAGUGAGCCAAGAUGGCGUUAAGGGCGUCAUCACUGCGCCCAGCGUCAUAUAUCCACGUGAAAUCAAUGCACUGCAAGACAGCUUUUUCAAGUUCUACACAAUCAACCGUAAUGGUCGCGUACUUAGUUGGAUUGGUAGCACGGGAACUGCUGAUAUCAAAUGCACGUUUCCGAAGAUUCCCGGCAAGACUUCAGGGCCACUCAGCAAGGAACGUCGCUACGAGGUCAAUGUGUCGACUUAUGGCAUGAUUGUCCUCUUGCUAUUCAAUGACACUGCCGAAAACGAGUGGCUGUCUUUUAAGGAUAUCCAGGAAAGGACGAAAAUUCCGGAAGUAGACUUGAUUAAUGUGUUAACAUCCCUCUCUAUCAUAAAGCCCUUCCGCAUGCUUCUUAGAGAAUCUGCAGAACAUUCAGCUGCCAAGCGCGUGUCUCCUGGUGACCGAUUUGCCUUCAAUCGCGAAUUUGUCAGCAAGACCAUCAAGAUCAGGGUUCGGGCAAUCAAUGCCAUUAACAAAGUUGAGAAUGACGAAGAGCGCAAAGAAUCGGAUGAUAAAAAUGAUAUGGCUAGGUCACAAGUGGUUUCUGCGACCAUGGUCCGUAUCAUGAAGCAACGCAUGGAACUUAGCCACUCUCAACUCUUCACGGAAGUCAUACAGCAACUAUCAGCACGGUUCAAGCCGUCAAUACCGCUUAUCAAACGCCAAAUAGAAGUUUUGAUAACCACCGAUUAUAUGGAACGAGCAGAACUGGCAGAUGGCUCAGCAGGAUACAAAUACGUGGCCUAAAUCUACCAUCUGGGCUGCCGUUUGCAUAGGUGGAAUCGCAUGCCUACCUACUAGGUAUACAUGGGUCAAAUGCUCUCACCACGUGGAGGGCACGAAUGGCUACUAGUCAUAACAAGCCUUCCCAGAAAUCCGAUAAACGGUCUUCAUUUGGAGCCUCCUAUCAUUCCUAAUCGGGACUGGCCACAGUUUUUACCUGGCAGAUAUCGAAGGCCUAAGAACUUGACACCAUGAGUCUGAUGCGAUUGAUCGCAUGAGAUUAUAAUCAAACCAAUGCGGGAGCCUCCCCCUCUUCCCCACAGGGGCUACAUGUAGCAGUCUGAGAGACGCAUAUCUACCUAGGUAUGUAUCUUGAUUGCAUAGAGAUAGCAAAAAAGCGAAUAAAGAUAAUUGAUCACUGGUAUCGGCCAGUGUGUCGUCAUUAAAUUAACCUCUGUAGCA